AGGAGGUAGUUGCGAUUGCCUGUCUGCCAGUAGCAGUUCGUUGGAGAUUGUUCUUACGAUCGGAUCAGUAUUUGGGUAUUUGGUGGUCAUCAUGGAGAAGCAAAAAGACGAUCAAAAAUACGUUUUCUACGGAGGACCUGCCAGUGAAAGUGUGGACGCGGGAUUUCGUUCUCUGGGAGAACUUAUCAUCAAACGGUUGCGCGAAAAUGGGAACGGAGUUGGAUUUAUCGAUGGAGUGUCUGGACAAACUACGACAUUCGAGGAUGUGUUGGAACAAUCAGUGCGACUUGCCAAUCGCUUCCAUCGGAUUGGUAUCAAGAAGAAUGCUGUCGUUGCGAUCAUGUGUGAGAAUCGCAUCGAGAUCCCACUGAUCGCUUUCGCUACCAUCUACAUGAACGCCAUACCGGUUCUCUUGAAUCCGGCCUAUACUGCUAGAGAGUUGGAACAUGUUUUGAAAAUUAUUCAACCAAGAGCUAUAUUUGCAUCUUCUGCUGCACUCAAAACUGUGCUGGAAGUAUCGAGUAGGGUGCCGAAAAUUGGGAUGAUCACGCUGAUUGGGUCUAAGGAUCGUCCGAACCCGAAAAUAACUCUACUUCAAGAACUUUUCGACCGCAACAAGUUAAAAACAGCUAAAUUUUUCACACCUCAACCAGUGAAUCUGAAAGAUCAGGUGGCGCUAAUGGUCCUGUCAUCGGGGACCACUGGAUUACCCAAAGCCGUCCAAUUGACGCAUUAUAAUGUGAUGACAGUACUGGCAAAUUUACGUGAAAGUAACAAAGACAGUCCAUUGUCACCAGAUGAUUGUGCUCUUGGUUUGAUGCCAUUUUUCCAUGUGUACGGUUUUAUCGUACUGCUGGGUGGGUUGACAAACGGCCGUAAAAUCGUAUCAUUGCCGAAAUUUGAGCCGGAUUUGUUCCUAUCGACCAUUGAAAAAUACAAGGUAGCUUCGGCUAGUUUGGUUCCACCGCUUAUGGUUUUCCUGGCCAAGCACCCUCUCGUAGAUAAAUACGAUUUAAGUUCGCUUCUGAUGCUCGGUUGUGGAGCAGCCCCGCUGAGCAAAGAAAUUGAAGAUUCGGUCCGCAAACGUCUUCCCAAUGUACAGAUGAUGGUGACGGCUUACGGAAUGAGUGAAAGUUCCCUGGCUGUGCUGCAGAGAUCAUCCGGCAAGGCAGGAAGCGUCGGCAAGGUUGCCAAAACGAACUGGGUAAAGAUCAUAGAUGUCAAUAGUGGAAAAACCCUUGGACCCAACCAAGUGGGCGAGAUCUGUGUCAAAGGUCCCAUGGUUAUGAAGGGGUAUUUGAAAAACGAUAAAGAAACUCGCUCGAUGAUCGAUCAAGAUGGUUGGCUGCACACCGGAGAUACUGGAUAUUUUGAUGAAGAUGAAGAAUUCUUUAUUGUUGAUCGGAUCAAGGAUCUGAUCAAGUACAAAGGUUUCCAAGUCGCGCCCGCCGACGUCGAAGCUGUUCUACUAACAAAUCCGUCAAUCAGCGAUGCGGCAGUGAUAGGUCUACCCGAUGAAGCUGCCGGAGAACUUCCGAUGGCCUUUGUGGUCCUGCAACCCGGGAAACAGCUAAACGAAGCCGAUGUGCAGAAAUGGGUGUCGGACAGGAUGUCCAACCAUAGUCAUUUGCGGGGAGGAGUCCGGUUCGUAACCACGAUACCUAAAACCGCGAGUGGAAAAAUAUUGCGUCGAAAUCUGAGAGCCGGCCUGAAAAAAUCCAAGCUAUGAACUGCAUUUGAUUUACGAAUGACUUGCGUUGAUAAGAUGAUGAUAAUAAGUGAUAUGGGAAGAUUGUUUUUGUAUAAAGGUAGCCCUCCUGAUACUGUUAUAUGGAUCAAAUAUACAAAAAAAGAUUGUAAA